AUGGGCUACGUGUCGUUCCACUUCUUCGUGCGAUCCGUGCGAGCGCAGAAGACGUGGAUCAAGAUGCGUCUGCUCAAGCCCAAGCACAUACCCCCGUCGGCCGGACCCUACCCGCCCUUCGACAGGCCCAACGAAGCCGCCGUGCUACGCAACUACCUCAACCACCCACCUGCCGGGCCGUGCAUAUUUGUGGGUCCGGACGGAUCGGGCAAGAGCCACAUCCUGGAGCAGGCCAUCGAAAACCGCAAGAUGGUGGUCUACCUCGACCUCCAACGCGAGCCCGUAAUCAAUGGCGAGGAGAUCCUCACGCAGUUCAUCAACAAAAUCAGCUACAUUCUUCCGCCCACGAAAUUCAUCGCGCGGAUCUUCCUGAAGGACGAGAGCAAGAUGGUUCUGAGCGCGGAGGAGAUCAACAAGGCAUUCCACUGCUUCGAGCAGGUGCUUUCCGACCAAAAGCGUAUGGGGUGGCCCAACGGCAUUCCCGUCAUUUGCAUCAAUGACUUUCAUUUCCUGGGGAGCUCCAAUGAUCUCAACCUCCGCUCGAAGAACAUCUACGAGGACAAGCAGAUCCUCAAGUUCAUGGACUGGUGCCUCUUCUUGACCGACAACAAGCUGUGCCACGUUGUCUUUGUGACAUCGUUUUCGUUCUGCCACCUGGAGCUCGACACGCAUUCUGCAUUCCGAUCGCGACGGGAGGUGCUCAAGUUCGGCUACGCGUCGGUGUCCACGGUCAGGCACCACUUCAAGAAGGUCAAUCAGUUGCUCACACAGCACUUCAAGGAACCAUUGACCGAAUCGGAGAUCAAACGCCUCGCCACGUUCGUGGGCGGCCAAGUCAAAGAUCUGGACACAGUCAUCACGGGUCUCCUCCGCGGCUACACGCCAUCUCAGGUCAUUGAUUACAUGAUCAGCGACAGCCUGCAGAUUGUGUCCGACUCUCUCGAGAGCUGCCUGCGACCGGUGAUCUCGGCGGAUGGCGAGGAGCAGGCCCUCGAGAAGGACGACGCCUUUGAGAAGUACCUCCGCCUGUGGCGCAUGAUUGAACUCAUCGCCCAAAACUCGAUCGUAAGCCGUAGCGAUCUAUUGCGGAUCGUAUUCCAAGAGAACGUGUCAGAGCUCGAGGCCUAUGAGAGUUCGGGGCUGGUGGCGUACGUCCACAAGAAGCCGAUCAGCAUGUCGCUGUCGGCUGACAUAGACGCGGAGGACACCGUGUCUUCGCUGGCGCGGCUAGCGCCGGAGUUCAUGGUGAGCGCCGGCACGCCUCGCCUCAACAUGGCCUUCCAGAUUCUGCGAAAAGACGAGAAGGCGGGGGCGCAGAAGCGGUCGCUGGAGAUCAAGCUCAAGAAGAAGAAACUCGAGAAGGAGGAGAAGGAGCUCAACGAAACCAAGAAACAGCUGCUCGAGGAGCGAAAGGAACUGGUCAACGAGACGCAGUCGCUGCUGCGGUAUCACCAGGAGUUCCAGUCGCUCUUUGGCGAAGAGGAGUUCACUCAGCGAAAGGCCGACCUCCUUUCCGGCACCAGGGACAUCACGGAGAAGCUUCGCAACGUCGUCCGAGACCAAGAGGAGGUGAAGGAGGGGCUGAGGCAGCUGAGAGAAGAAGUCAAGCAGCUGAAGAAGAGAUCAGAGAAGGAUGUGGUGGGCGAAUACCCAGCGCUUUCACCAUGA